ACGGGAUCGGUAGUUGGCCGCAGUGUUACGGAUCGCACGCGUCUGUGAAAAUUGUGAAAAGUCGAGAAAAUCGCGGUGCAGCUCCGUGAAAUGACAAGUGACGACCGACCACCAGUAGACAGAUAAGCGGGUUCAAUAAAACGAAAAUCGAGAAUAGAAACUAUCUGCCACCUGAGUGUUCAGUCCAUUACGAUGGCCCAAAAGCAGGUGCUAGUCUUAACCCUAAUUUGCCUGGGUUCGCUAUUUCUGAAAACAGUGCCGGCUUCCACGGAAUACAACAAGUACGUGGCGCAGAUAUUUCAAAAAUACGGCAAUGGCGGGACAAUCAACUUUGAGGGUCUUGAGCAUUUGAUGUUCAGCCUGAACCUGGGUCAAAUCCAAUUCGAUCCCUCGCACACGAUCGAUCAGCAUCGACCUCAGGGAUACUCAAACGAAAGAACACGUGGCACCAAUGUCACGUACUACUUUGAGCCGACACAAGUUAACACCACCGAUGAGGAAACUUUGGAGGUGCAAAUCUCUCCGCCUGGCAAUCGCUCAAAGGCAGAGUCGGACGCGGAGGUUCCGGAAUUCCUGGAAAUGCAUGAUCCCAAGCACCGGCACCCGAGGGAGAGUUCAGAACCUGUUGCAGCUUGCUUAUCGCCCAAGUCGUUGCUUUCGCUCAUCGUAAACCACAACGAUCUCCACAAAAACAUUGCCUACCGCAAGCUGCUCAUUAAGAAUGACGCUAGUUCAACUGAUGCCAUCCACAAUUCUGAAGAGGAGUACAACGAAUUCAUCAACUCGGUGCGGAUCACUCCACGAGCUUUUAUGAAACUCUGCCCAGCUCUAUUAGCCCAAAUCGAUAAUGGAGUGUGCAAGCAACCAGCUGCUCGAUCGGAAAACCUUAACGAUAAGAACCAGAAGAUAUGGUACGCUUGGAUCUAUGCCAGCAUCACCAUGUUCAUACUCUCCGCUUGCGGUUUGCUGGGAAUUCUUCUGGUUCCUUUGAUGAAGUCAGCUGCCUACCAGGAAAUCCUCAAAUUCCUGGUUUCCAUCGCUGUGGGCACUUUAGCUGGCGAUGCCCUCAUGCACUUGCUGCCACAUGCUCUUUUCAAGGAGGAGAAGCACGAGGAGGAAGUCACUGGCAUUAAUCCCUUGGAAUCAGAUCACAAGCAUAGCAAUGAGGCGGCUCUGCUAUGUGGUUGUACUUUCCUGGCGGCGCUAUUCAUGUAUAUGCUGGAGAACCUGAUUCCGCUGCUAAAGGGGGGUAAGCCAGGUGGUCAUGGACAUAGCCAUGGACAUGGUCACAGCCACGGCCACAGUCACGGACAUAUGGAGAAGCCGGCUGCCCAGAAUGCGAUUGAUCUCCCCCCUCCUCGAGAACUCAAUGUGAUGCUGCAGGAGGCCAAGCUGGACGAGAAGACCCCUGAUCGACCGCUCACUCCAGUAGCCUUCAUGGUAAUCAUCGGAGAUGGCUUGCACAAUCUGACCGAUGGUUUGGCCAUAGGUGCAGCCUUUGCCAGUGAUCCGGUCACUGGAUUUGCUACCGCCUUUGCCGUUCUCUGCCAUGAGUUGCCACACGAACUAGGCGACUUCGCUCUGUUGCUCCAAACAGGUGUCUCCAUGCGAAGAGCCAUCUAUAUGAACAUUGUUAGCUCCGUUCUCAGCUUUGUGGGCAUGUCCGUGGGUCUGUUCAUCGCGGGAAUUGGAGAUGGCAUGACCCAAUGGAUUUAUGCAGCUACCGCUGGUUCCUUCCUGUAUAUUGCCUUUGCCGAUCUAGUGCCCACAAUGAGUGUGGCUCACAAUCCGGAGAUGGCCAAAGAUCCAAAGGGUAUAAUAAUACAAAUUGUUGGUAUCCUUCUGGGUGGACUGAUUAUGCUGGCUAUUGCCCUAAACGAACACGAUUUAGAGGGUCUGUUCAAGAGCUUUUAAGGAAUAGCUCUGAAUCUCAAACAGCUAUGUUGAUUUUGUUUUCUUAUUGUAGAUGUAUAUAUUGUAUAUGUUUGUGUGGAAUCUCCGAUUCUCUUGCUUCCUUAAGCAUGACUUAUAUGUUAGAGAUGAAAUCGUUACCAAAUGUUAGUCUGUGGUCAGCUUUACAUGUGUAUUUACACAUGAUUUAAACAGCACCUUCCUUAAUGUUAUAGAAGCUUAAAAUUUACAAUAUAAAUGCUUUUAAAGAGACAGUUGUAAUAAAAGAACUUGUGUAUGAGCAAAUAAGAUAAAUCCUAGCACUGGCAAUUAAAAGGAUAUAAAUCAAUACACAAAA